GAGAUGCAAACCUACUGAGGAUACAUAAAAUUGAUUCUAUCUUUAGGGUAAAGGUAAUGAACCAAAAGGAGUCUCUUGAGCUUCUCAGUUGGCACGCAUUUAGAGAAGCAAAACCAAAAGAAGAAUAUCAUUACCUUGCAAGAAGCGUGCUUUCUUAUUGUAGAGGACUACCUUUAGCUCUUGAAGUCGUUGGAAGUUGUUUAUUUGAAAGGACCGAAGAAGAAUGGGAUAUUGUAUUGUCAAGAUUACGAAAAAUGACAUAUCAUAUAUGGAAAAUAAGCUUUUACUGUUUAGGCAAUCAAAUGGAAAGGGAUUUAUUCCUUGAUGUAUGUUGUUGCUUUGUUGGUGAAGACAUAGCCUAUGCUACGAGGAUUCUAAAUGGCUGUGGAGUAGACGCUGAUAGUGGAAUAAGAGUUCUCAUAGAUCGUAACCUCAUAAAACUUAAAAAGAACAAUAAACUUGGAAUGCAUCCUUUGCUACAAGAAAUGGGAAGACAUAUUAUUCGUGAAAUUCGUCAAGAGGAAAUGUGGAAGGAGCGGCGACUGCGGUUUGAUGGUGCAGAAUAUGUAUUGACAGAUAAUACAAAGACAGGAACCAUUGAGCGAUUGCCUUUGAAACUGCGUUCAGGUAGAAGAGAACUAUCAAGACUGCUGAAAGCCGCUGUAAAUUCUGAUUACCUUUCUCCGAAACUAAGAUGGAUCCGUUUGCAAGGGUUUUCUUCACAACACCUAUCUAAUAGCUUUAAUGUGGAUCAUGCAAUAGCGAUUGAUUUAAAACACAGUCUUCUCCGAUUCGUCUGGACAGAACCACAGGUUUUGAGGGGGUUAAAAGUCCUUAUUCUUAGUCACUCCAAGAAUUUAACACAAACCCCUGACUUUUCUGGGCUACCAAGUCUUGAAAAGCUCAUUCUCAAGGAUUGUUCAGGAUUGCGCAAAGUUCAUCAAUCUAUUGGAUGUCUCAGCCAUCUAACACUGCUAAAUUUGAAGGACUGUACAAGUCUAAGAAAUCUCCCUAGAGAUAUAUGUAAGUUGAAAUCUUUAAAAACUCUCAUUCUCUCUGGGUGUCCCAUGAUUGACCUAUCGGAAAAAGAUGUAGUGGAAAUGGAAUCUCUUAUAACUCUAAUUGCUGAAAAUACAACUAUGAAACAUGUGCCUUUUUCGAUUCUAAACUCGAAAAGCAUUGGACAUAUCUCCCUACGUGGAUUUGAAGGAUUGCCCCGAAAUCUUUUUCCUUCUAUCAUUCGGUCUUGGCUAUCGCCAGAAAUGAAUUCCAUAUCUUAUAUUCAUUCGUCGUUCAUGGAUAUUGAUAAUUGUUGGGAUGAUAUUGCGUCAUUGCUUAGCAGCCUGAAAAAUCUUCGAAGUAUUUUGGUGCAAUGUGAUACCGACUUCCAACUAUCUAACCAAGUAAAAAGUAUUGUGGUCGAAUAUUUCGCAAAUUUUACCGAAUCAGGAAUUUCAAAGCAGCAAUUCAGGUCUCCUUUGAUUGGUCUUGGAACAUACCAUGAAUUCUUCAAUGCUGUUACCGAUAACAUCUCCGAGGCAUUGGUAAACAGUGAGUGUAGUAAUGUCUCUCUUCCAGGUGAUAACCUUCCUUAUUGGUUGGCCUAUAUGGGUGAGGGAUACUCUGUUUCUUUCACUGUGCCUAGAGAUCGUGACAUCAAAGGAUUGGCUUUAUGUGUUGUUUAUUUGUCAACCCCUGAAAUCGUGGCAAUUGAUUAUCUUAGAAGUGUCUUAAUUGUUAAUCACACAAAGUGCACAUUGCAGAUACACAACCAUGGCACAGUAAUUUCCUUUAAUGAUACAGACUGGCAUGGUAUAAUGUCAAAUUUGGGAGCUGGAGACAAGGUGGAGAUUUUUGUUGCUUUUGGUCACGGAUUGGUGGUCAAGAACACAAUACUCUAUCUUAUAUGUGAUGAGUCAGAUUACUUGAGAAAAGAGCUAGAGUCAAAGAUGAAUUCUCUUCUUAGAUUUAUAAUGAAAAUUGUAAUGUGUGACUUCUCAUAAGUCAUUGAUCUAGAUUAAUAGUUUAUCUCUCUAACAUGUGUGUCUGUGUAGUUGAAGAUCUCUUGGACAAUUGACUUUUGUCUCUGAUCAGACAUCUAUGAAACCUCGUCUAGUGCAUUA